AGUGUCGGCCGCCAUGAGCGCCCUAAAUCUGGGGAUUUGUGUUGUUUUGUUCACUUACUCAUCCGGAAUCAUGGCCACCGGAGAUAAAAUACCCUUGGGUGCCAUCUUUGAGCAAGGUACUGAUGACGUUCAGACGGCCUUCAAAUAUGCUGUGUUGCUGCACAAUCAAAAUCUGACCACCAGAAAGUUUGAGUUUCAAGCAUUUGUGGAUGUCAUAAAUACAGCGGAUGCAUUCAAGUUAUCGAGGCUGAUUUGCAACCAGUUUUCAAGGGGUGUUUACUCCAUGUUAGGAGCAGUUUCUCCAGACUCGUUCGAUACUCUCCACUCCUAUAGCAAUACAUUCCAGAUGCCUUUCGUCACUCCUUGGUUUCCCGAAAAAGUACUGGCGCCAUCUUCCGGAUUCAUGGACUACGCUAUUUCCAUGAGGCCGGAGUAUCACAAGGCCAUAAUUGAUACUGUCAAAUAUUACGGAUGGAGAAGAAUAAUUUACUUGUACGAUUCCAAUGACGGACUCCUCAGACUCCAGCAAAUAUACCAAGGACUGACACCAGGAAGUGAAAGUUUUCAAGUCUCCACUGUCAGGCGAAUAAACAAUGUCAGCGAAGCUUUGACUUUCCUAAGAGGUAUCGAAGAGCAAUCCCGUUGGUCCAACAAGUAUGUAGUACUGGAUUGCACGGCUGAUGUAGCCAAAGAAAUAGUAGUCAACCAUGUGAGAGAUAUUUCACUAGGAAGAAGGAAUUACCACUAUCUUCUCUCGGGACUGGUGAUGGAUGAGAGAUGGGAAAGUGAAAUAGUUGAAUAUGGAGCAAUGAACAUCACAGGAUUUCGAAUAGUGGACAACUCAAAACCAAUAGUCAAGGAUUUUCUUGAAGGAUGGAAACGUUUGGAUCCGACCGCAUUACCAGGAGCUGCAAGAGAUAGCAUUUCUGCUCAAGCGGCGUUAAUGUACGAUGCAGUGUUAGUUCUCGUUGAAGCCUUUAUCAAAGUGAUGAGAAAAAAGCCAGAUAUUUUUCGAAGCAAUGUGAGGCGAGGUUUGAACUACAAUAGUACCACGAAAGCACUUGAUUGUAACGUCAAUGGAGGAUGGGUCACACCUUGGGAGCACGGAGAUAAAAUAUCGAGGAUUUUGAGAAAGGUGGAGCUUGAAGGAUUAACAGGCGAAAUCCGCUUCAGUGAGGAGGGACGUAGGGAAAAUUACACACUGCAUGUUGUGGAAAUGACAGUCAACAGCGCUAUGGUGAAAGUUGCAGAAUGGAGCGAUGUAACUGGAUUCAAUCCAAUCGCAGCUAAAUAUACGAGAUUGAAAGCAAAUGCACAUAUUGAGAAAAACAAAACUUACAUUGUCACAACUAUAGUGGAAGAACCUUACAUUAUGAUGCGAAUUCCCGAGUCUGGAGAAAUUCUGUCUGGAAAUAAUCGCUUCGAGGGUUACUGCAAAGAUCUUGCAAAUCUCAUAGCCAAAAAACUCGGAAUCAACUAUGAAUUGCGGAUAGUAAAAGAUGGUCAUUAUGGAUCAGAAAAUCAUGACGUUAAAGGUGGUUGGGACGGAAUGGUUGGAGAACUAGUAAGACAGGAAGCUGAUAUGGCCAUCGCUCCUAUGACCAUCACGUCGGAAAGAGAAAGAGUUAUCGACUUCAGCAAGCCGUUUAUGUCGCUUGGGAUUUCGAUCAUGAUAAAAAAACCCAUGAAGCAGAAGCCAGGAGUAUUCAGUUUUCUCAAUCCUCUUUCAAAAGAGAUCUGGGUUAGCGUUCUUUUUGCUUACGUUGGUGUUAGUAUCGUCCUUUUCGUCGUAUCCAGAUUCUCACCAUAUGAGUGGAGACUGAUUCACUAUACUGGAGAUCACAGAGACUCAACUGUGCAGCAUACAAAUCAUGGUGGUACAAUGGCUAAUGAUUUCACAAUGAUGAACUCCCUUUGGUUUUCUUUGGGAGCGUUCAUGCAACAAGGAGGAGAGCUGUCUCCCAGAUCUAUGUCCGGAAGAAUAGUAGGCGCUUGCUGGUGGUUUUUCACACUCAUCCUGAUUUCCAGCUACACUGCAAAUCUGGCAGCUUUCCUAACCGUGGAGAGGAUGGUGGCACCUAUCAAUUCACCAGAAGAUCUGGCUUCCCAAACAGAAGUCGAAUAUGGGACGUUGUAUCAUGGAUCUACGUGGGAUUUUUUCAGGCGAUCCCAGAUCACCCUGUAUUCCAAAAUGUGGGAAUACAUGAACUCCAAAAAACAUGUUUUUGUGAAAACUUAUGAUGAGGGGAUCAAAAGGGUCAGGACUUCAAAAGGAAAGUUUGCUUUUCUCAUAGAAUCACCUAAAAACGAUUAUAUCAAUGAGAGGGAACCAUGUGAUACGAUGAAAGUUGGAAGAAAUUUGGACGCUAAAGGUUUUGGAAUUGCCACACCGCUGGGAUCACCACUGAGAGAUGCUGUGAAUUUAGCUGUAUUGAGUCUCAAGGAAGAUGGAGAGUUGACAAGACUGAAAAACAAAUGGUGGUAUGAUCGCACCGAGUGUACAAAAGAUAAACAGGAUACGUCCAGAAAUGAGUUGUCCUUGAGCAACGUUGCUGGUAUAUUCUACAUACUCAUUGCUGGGCUUUUUAUCGCCAUGGCCGUAGCGAUGCUGGAAUUUUGUUACAAAUCACAUUCCGAGGCCAAGCGAGCUAAAAUACCACUCAGUGACGCUAUGAAGGCGAAAGCAAGACUGACCAUAGGCGUAGGAAGAGACUUCGACAAUGGAAGGUACUACACUCCAGCCAACCAAAUAGCAGGAGGAAAUGAACAAGAGCCUCCCCACAGCAAUACCCAUACACAAGUAUGAAUAUCGUAUGUUAUUCAAUGAAUUUUGUUUUGUGUACGUGCAGUCGAUGGUGAGAGUACACUUGAGAAGUGUAGUAUUUCGGUAGUUCAAAAACGCGAUGCAAGAAUUCAUUUCAGAGUGGAUCUCAUGACGUAUUGUAAGUGGGACAGGUUCUGUUGCCUGAUACAGACAAUAGCAAGUGGCAAACAAAUCAUCAAUUCGAAAAACAUCCUGGGAACUGACUGAUUUGGUUUCAACUGAGAGUUUACGUUAUAUCAUAACAGGAGUUGGAUAAAGUCUUAAACAUAUGAAGCAAAAGAUUGUUAUCUGCUCUCGUUUGGAAAUCUCACAAAAUCAUAAAUGACUUUCCAAUAUUCUCCAUUCAAUUCCUCUUUCAAUUCGACUCCUUCAUAACGGGAUUUCAUGCAUGUGAUGAUUUUCACGAACAAUGACAGUUGAUUGAAGAAUUUCGAAAUCAAUUGAAAAUUUUGCAACCAAAAGUUUGGAAAGAGUAAAAUAUGAAACAAACGGGAACAUCGAAGUGUUUUGGAAAUAUUCGAUCAUCUUCGGUCGUUUGGAUGUUAUCUGAGUAAUUGAUUCAUCUGAAAUUCCCAAUGGCAUCUACAGCAACGUUCAUUAAAGUAUCAUGACCUGUGCAUAGCAGCCUAUCUUUUAUUUCCUCAUAGUAAUGUUGAGAAACAAUACAUGUGGACUGUAUUUCUUGCAACAUAAAAUUGAAUGUUGUCCUUAUGCGUGAUUUUGCUCAUCUUGGGAAUUUUAGAAACUCGUCUCGAAUCAUAUAGGUUUUCACAAUAACACCAAUCUCUUGCAUCAGUUGGGCAGUUUAUCACGCAUUUCAGCUACAAUUCUGGCCUCUGGCAUUUUCGACCAUUGUUAAAGAAAUAUCGUGUAGAGGAUGUGAAGUUUCCACAACAAGUAUUAUGUAAAGGAUUUCUUCUCAACAGUAUUCCGUACAUACAUACAACAAAGAUACAAUUUUUUGAGUUCUGUACUUGUGCAUCGUUCGUCUUUAUCUAUUUCUGGUACAUCUAUUUCAUACUUCUCAUAAAGUUUCUAAUCAGUCUUGUGAUUUUUCUCCAAUACACUCCGUCACCUGGAUAAAGAGUAUGUCUAGAUUUUCAUUUCCUUGCAUUCUCGAACAGUUUUUCCCACCCAGCUCUCAAAUCCUUCAAUAUUCCAGCAGUUGAUGAUCAAAUUGUGGGGCAGUUUUUCAGCAUUUUUUUCACAGUUGACAUCCCUGUCGAUAACACCGAUGGUUUUAGUCACUUGGAUGUCAUCUGUUCAAAGGAAACUUCUGAAGGAAUGUCGCACAAUUUGAUCAUCAACUGAUGGAAUAUUGAAGGAUUGAGAAUGAUAUCCUGUUGGAAAAAUGCUUGAGGAAUGUCAGAAAUCUUGAUUAUCUGCUGCUGGGUUUUGUUGACUGAAAUGUCAUUUACGAGGGUAGUACCAGAAAUACCCGGCCCAACAAAGAAAAUACCAACAUUUUCAAAAAAAAUCAUUUAUUUUUCAACAUACUCUUCUUGCAGCUCCAUACACUUUUCUCAGCGAAAUUCAAUGAGUUCAAUAGCGUUUUUAUAAUAACUGUCGUCAAAAUAGCCAUUAACUGUCGACAACACUUCUUCAUAGUUGGAAAAUCUUUGACUGCUGAGUAACUUCCUCAAGCUUGGGGACAGAAAAUGAUCCAAAGAAACUGAAUCUGGCAAAUAGGGUGCAUGAGGUAGCAAUUUAAACUUCAAUUCGUCAAUUUUGGUCACUGAGAUAAUGGAUUUUUGAGCUGGUGCGUUGUUUCCAUGAAACAACACUUUGUUCUCAGCCAACUGCAGCCGUUUUUGCUUGAUAAUUCCACUCCAACGUUGCAAUCAUUUCUCAUAAUACUCGUUGUUGAUAGUUUUAUCUUUUUCGAGAUAGUCAAUGAAAAUCAUUUCACGCGCAUUCCAAAAAACCGUUGUCAUGACCUGGCCUUCAGAUGAAUCGGUCUUCGCCUUCUUUGGAGCCGGUUUCCCUAUUGAGUCCACUAUUUUGAUUGUUAAUUUGUCUCGAGUAUGGAGUAAUUGACUCAUUUUCUAUCUUUGGUUAUGAAACGACUCGAGAAUUCUAUUUUGUUGGUGUGAAAAUUCGCUCGAGCGUGUGCAAACGCGGCACUCAUCUUGCACACAGCUUUCUCAUGUCCAAAUUUUCAAUAAUAAUAUACGAUGUACCGCACUUUUUAAAGUGCCCACUAAGUCUGCUAGCUCGCGCACUUCCAGUUGACGAUCAUUCAGUACCGCUUUGUUGAUUAUCGUCUAGAGUAGUCACCUCGUUUGGUCGAUCACUGCUAUGCUCUAUUGGCUUCUCGUAAAGCCUUGUUUAAACUCUGCUACCCAAUAUUUUACUGUUGUUACCGAAGAGGCAGGCUCACCCAGAGUGGAAUCCAGUUCAGCUUUUGUAUUGGUUGAGUUGAAGCCUUUCAAAUAAAAGUAUUGUACCGCAAUAUUGAUUAAUUAACGGAAGAAAGAUAUUAAACAGAUUUUAUUUUUUCAAACAUAACGAUGACUGAUUUUCUGCAUGUCUACAUCCACCAAAAACGUUCCUUAUUGAUGGCUGUCAAACAAAUACUAACCAACGCAACCUCUUCAAACUUGAAACAUAUGCUUCAUAGUUCGUGUACUUUCUAAUACACUGAUAUUUUUCAAUCACCGCCAUCUCUAGGUCAGGCCAGGUACCCCUGGGACGUCGCCCAGUCUAUGGUGGGCUUAUUGAGAGGAGCUUCCUCUUCCUACUCAACUUUUUCAUUGUCUUCCAUUAUCUUUUAACUUCAGUUCUUCAUCAUCGUUUAUGAUGAAGCUUUUCUCAACCUUCUAUUGCAUUGCCUUCUUCUUCCUUUCGACUUCCUAUUCAUUUAGGAGCUCCAAAUGUAUAAUCUGCGAGGAUUAAGUAAUAAUGAACUGAUACCACAUUUCAUAAUGAUCAUCAGAAGUUGUUCAUCAUGAAACAUAUACCUUUCAGUUUGUCUUCAUUGACAGUUAUAAAAAUAUAGUUACAAAAAAUAUUUGAAUCGAUACAAACAGCUCCAUUUGCUACUGUAUCGUCAUAUGAUUUCGGGAGCUGAUGAACAGUAGCUCUGAAGUUUAUUUAUUCCCAGUCAAUACCCAGAUGAACAUGUGGUCAUCAAUAAAAAAAACAGAUUGGGUCAGAGGACAUUGUUGCUAUCACCAAAAAUAAUUUGAUCCUUCUGACUUUCCGAAACUAGAGCCGCUUGGUAGGUAUUCAAUACGGACGGCUUGAUUGAUCACCGCGCCAUCCUUCUCACGAUUCCUGAUAUGCCUUGAAUCUUCUCUAUUAUUAACAAAUACGUGAUUCUUUGCAAUUUCCACAACUUGACUUGAAAUGGUGGUUCAUUUCGCUUCUUGUAGUGAAACCAGUGGAUCAAUUUCGAUUUAGAAUUCAUGCUUGAGUAUUUCUAUCAUUUGAGCAAUUUGUUGUUUUGAAGUUUGAACUUUGAUUCGAACUUUAUCCUUUUAGAGAAUGAAACAAGCUUUGUUACAUUUCUGAUUCAUCGACAUAAACCUGAAUCAAGAAAUCAUUCUUCUCUAGAAUUAUCAGGAACAACACAAACAACAACUACAGAACUAAUAUUAUGUUUCAACAGAAGAUCUGUCAAACAAUGAUACACUUAAUAAUGUUCAGCUAGUACCGUUUAGAUUUGUCUUGAUGAAUAUGUAUAUAUCUGACUGAAUUAUUGCGUUUCACCAAUAAAUCAAAAAAAUUUAAUCGUAUAAUCAAAAUGAAAAUAUCAAACAUAUCCAUGAAAAAUUCACCAUGUAUUCUAUUCGACUGCACUGCACCCUUGUCAUUAAUAUUGAAUUUUGAACAGUUUUUAUCGAUAUACAUGUAAUGUUUUUACCUGGAUGUAAUGAAUGUUAUAAAAGUUUGUCGAUUUAGUCUAUAAUAAUAUUAAUAAAUGAUUGUUUGUUGUA